AUGCGACGUGUCUUGAACUCUGUGUGUAUCGCCAAUGGCCUUAUCACCGCGGUAUGUAAAACCGCAGCCACGCCUCAUAUAGGAACUAGCAGCAGCAGUAGUUGCAAUCAUUUCAAUAAAUGUCAUUCAGCGGCCAUUCUUUUCUCUACACGUGCGCAAGGGACUUUUGGCGGUGGACGUGGCGGAGGCCGUGGAGGAGGCGGAGGAGGACGUGGUGGUGGUGGACGUGAUCAUCGUGGUAGUAGUGGAAGUGGUAAUCAAAGCAGUGGCAGUACCGUUCCACGUUUAAUAAACCAAACUGGAGAUGGUGAACUCAGUGAUGUGACCCGUAUCAUGAUGCGUGAUGAUUGGAAGAUCCUCACCAGUAUUGUCAAGUACAUUCCACAGAAUGGAGCCAUUUCCAUCAAGAGUCUAAAUGCCCAACUGGUGCCAGAUGUACAGGAGGCCAUCUCCGAGAAACAUGAUGGACUCAAGGCUUUCCUGGAACAACGUAAACAACUGUUCGUUGUAAAGGCCAAUCCUUCCGAUGGUGUCCUCUACGUGGCGGCCACCCCACUUGCAUACCAGAAACUCAUUGCCAGAGAGAAACAACGAGAAACCAUGCAAGAAAUGUUGGGACUUAAUCGCCGCGGUGGUCGCGGAGGUGGAGGCCGCGGAGGAGGAGGACGCGGCGGUGGACGUGGGGGAGGCCGAGGCGGCGGAGGCGGUAGAGGAAGAGGAGGAAGAGGGAAUAGCAACAGCAAUAGUGAUCGCGGCGGUGGAGGGUUUAGAGGAAGAGGCCGAGGCGGCGGCGGCGGUGAUCGGGGGAAUAGUGAUCGGGGUGGAAGUGGGCGGUUUGGAGGCGAUCGGGGUGGAGGCUUUAGAGGCCGCGGAGGGAAUCACAGCAGCAAUGGUGGGAGAAUGGGAGGUGAGGCUCGUAGCUUUGGCACUCAGUCCAGGCGUUGA